UCUUUUGGAAAAUAUUCAACAAAAGGGGUAUGAAUAUUUACUUUCAUUUCCGAAUUUGCUGGCAUUCUCUUUGGUUAUAUUGCUUGUUUCCAUGGUUAAACAGCAAAGAUGGAGCAACGUGUAAAAGCUUGAAUUAUCCCGUUUUUCUUUUAAUAUCUGAGGUACCUAGCAAACUCGAAUUUUCGUUUUGGAAUUCUAAUCCCCUAUGCUGCAGCAUGCUAACUUUUUUUCGAUGGAAUGGAACAUUUUGAUAAGAAGAAAUGAAGACUAUCCGAUUGGUUCUGGUAAGAGGUCUUCACUCUCAACUGAGAAGGCUAUUGAGGACUUUCGCGCUAGCCUUCAAGAAAAUGAAUGUGAAAUGUGCGAAUUUGAUCAAGAAACCGAUGAAUUUUCUGCGGAGCUUGCUCUCGCUUGUUUUGGUAACUGCGAAGGAAUUGGGAAGUAAAGCAUGCAAAAUCAAUGGGAGAAAGCGUAGAUUCAAAUUCAAUGAGGAAAGACAGAAGGGGGUGUGGCUCAGAAUGCACCACCCAACUGCAAACCACAGCAACAACAACAUUGAAGCUGUGGCUUUUGAAGUGAAUGGUACCCAAACAGGAUUUUUGAAAGAUAUCACCUGUGCUGACGGAUCGAAAGAAAAUGUCAAGACAUACACCUUAUAUCAAGCGCGUUGGUUUGUGCUCCUUGCCGUCUGUCUUGUCAAUAUGGCAUAUAAUGCCCUAUGGAUUACGUUUUCUUCCAUUAGCGACAUUGCUGUCAUGUACUAUACAAUUGAACCACUAGUUGUCGACUGGCUAUCCAUGUCUUUUUUACUUGCAUUUAUGCUGUUUGCACUUCCAGCUGCCGGAUUCCUAUCCACAUAUGGCCUUAGAGCGACAAUUUUGGUUGCUGCCAUUUUGAAUACUUGUGGGACAUUUACAAGGUCUAUGGGUAUCCAAAGAGAUGGUUUUGUGUAUAUUGUGGCAGGACAGCUCAUGAUUGCGGUUUCCGGGCCUUUUAUCGCAGCUGUGCCUCCAGAAUUAGCGACUACGUGGUUUGGGGAGCACGAGCGUGCUAUAGCCACGUCAAUUGGCGUCUUGAUGUCAUACGUAGGGGUGGCUGUAGGGUUCUUGCAGCCAACGUUCAUUGUACCAGAUUCAAAGGACCUCAACCGCGUUCUGGAGGGUAUUGACUAUUUAGUUAGGAGUCAGGCAAUAUUUUGUUCUUUAUCACUUGUUUUGGUUGUUUUGCUUGUCAAAGACAAGCCUGCAACUCCACCUUCAUUAUCACAAGAACUUAGAGGCAAUAAAUUAGAUAACAUCGAUGUAUCGUUUUUUACCUCGAUCAAACUUUUAGCAAAAGAUUUAGAUUUUAACUUGACUGCCCAAGCUUACGGUAUAAUGUUCGGGCUAUUGACAGUCAUCAGUACGUUACUGAACCAGCUUGUGAAGGCGAAUCUGAAGACCCUACCGGACUCUCAAAUAGGGUUGAUGGGGUUCGUAGCCACGAUUAUCGGCAUCAUUGGUAUCCUAUUGUUUGGCUUUUGGAUUGAGGCCUUUCAGUUAUACAAGUUCACAGCAACGUUCGUCUACGUGGUAGGCACAAUUUGCCUUGUUUGCUUCAGUGCUUCCAUUCAGUGGGCGAAAAGUUACAAUUUCAUCUUUGUCAGUUUUUGUGUUUUCAACCUAGUUGCAGUGCCGUAUACCAGCUUUGGCCUUGAACAAAUCGCAGAAAUAACUUAUCCACUGUCAGAAUUCACCACUUGUACUUUAGCAAUGAUGACUGGGAAUAUGUAUGGUUUAGUGCUGACAUAUAUCUUUGGCUGGAUGGUUGAGAUGGAUAUGCUGAAGCCUGUUAACUGUGGGUGCAUAGCACUGUCCAUUUUAGGUCUGAUUCUUGUACUUAUAGCCAAAGUUCCGAUGAAAAGAACAGAAAUGGAUCAUGCCAAGGUACAAUCCACGCCUCUGAUUAAUAAGUUCAAUUAUGAAUCAACCUAGAGAAGGUCAUCUAGGUCUGUUGUGUGAAUGCUCUUGCCUGUUUGAGUAACGCUUGUGAAGCUGAAUCUGAAGAAAUUAAUCAUAGUCUGUACGAACUCUAAGGUAAUUAAAACACUCGUAGCCAUAAACUCUAAUAAUUGAUAUAUUUAAGCAUCGUUUUACAUAGGGGUGUCAUUACUUAAAGGUUUUAAAAUACGUUCGUAUCUUGUCAUAAAAAGUCCGCCGUUACUUUGCAAUUCUAUUGGGUGAAUUACCAAAGAAUUUUUGUCCCCCGAUGUCCUUCGUUUGAGUCUACCCUGCAAAAAAAGUUUUCUGAAAUUCUUACGAAAUUGGUUUUUGUGAGCUGCAUCUUGAGUUAUUUUUUACUUUUGUAGUGAAGUAUCUAGCUGUCUGAUUAGCUACAUCUAAAAUGAAAAUGGCCAAUUGAAUUGAUCUAUGCUAACAUGGUUGUGUUUGAAGUUAACAAAUUUAUCAAUUUGGCUUUGAGCAAGUUAUCAAGUCGACCAGACGUGGUGGCUUUACGUCUCAUAAAAAAACCGCCAGCGCUUUUAAAUUCGGCACUAUGGCUGAAUAUUUUAAAUAUCAAAUGACCGGAGGCCUUUUAAGGUGAUGGUGCAAACAUGUUAUUUGUUAAUGGUGACGAGUAUAAUUAAUUAUUUUCUAUUUAUGGCUUUUAUACUAUCUAAUGAAAUAUAGUUUGAUAUUUGCUUUGUAUAUGAUAUUUAAGAAAUAACCUUAUAUAAGAAUUAUAUGACUUUGUCAA